ACAAACAAUCCUGAACACACAAAUCCAGGCGAAAAAGUCGAAUUAAUUGCAAAGCUAUGCGAACUUUCGACCAUAUUUUACAAUUCCUCCGUCUCUCUCUGUCUCAUCGUAGUUUGCACACAGGAAAGGAGUUCCAUAUUUGUGGACGAGUGUGUGUUGCCGUGAGCCUUGACGUGUUAGUGACAUUGCAGAGUUGGAGGAGGUCUAGGGUUUGAAGUGAAGUGAAGUGAACAGGGUGAGAGCUUCGUUUGGAGCUUGGAUGAGUUUGAGGUUUUUUGGGAGGUGCAAUUUGGUUAUGUGGUUAUGUAAAGGCGACACACUAAUUUGACUGUGUUCGUGUAGCAAGAGGUCAGUGUCUGUAGCUAUGACUAAACCUGGCGCUUCUCCGUCUUCUUCCAGUUCGCUGGAAAAUAAUGUCACGACUUUAGAAGAGUGCAUUUCAGAAACUUUGGAUAUGGAUUCCAUGGUUAAUGCUUUGGAUGCAAGCCUCUCUGGACCUGAUGAGGUUACAGUUAUUAGAAGUCUUCGAGAGACUGCAAAAAUGGGAGUGAAGGAGAUGAAUGAUGAUGAAAAUCAUCAAAGCGAAGUUGGGAUGCCAUCGCAGGAGGUCACGGUCUCUAAAGGACUGAAUGAGUCAAGGACGGAGUUGCUACAGCGUGUGCAAGCCCUGAAGAAGGAAUUGGAGAACUGGCGGAGCAAAUUGGAUACCCAAGUCAAGUCGUAUAAGGAGGAACUAGGAAAUCUUCGGUGCUCUCUCAAUACAGAGGUUGAACUACUUCGAGAUGAAUUUCAGGAAUUAAGGAACACGUUGAAAUUGCAGCGGGAACUUACAUCCACCAAAUUAUCAAAGCUGGAUGAACCAUUAGAGCUAGCGUUCGAUCCCAAAGCGCCUCUCCCAGCUGCUAAAUUGGCUGUUUAGUGUUCCUCUUUUGUUACUCAUAACUAUUAUAAUCCGGGAUGGGCACCUAUUCAGGCGAUGGUUAUCUCAACCAUCAAUCCGAGUCGCUCGAUAAUAGCCUGGCAAAGUUCAUGUUCAAGACCUGAAACAUUCAUGUCUGCACUUAGCAUGACCCUCAAAUCGGGUGUUGAGGAGAAUUGCCAGGAAUUUAAUUUUCUCACUUAACUAUAUUUCUCGAGUCCCAAACUGUUCGCUGCAAAA